GUUACUUACUGUAACCAAACCUUUACAGUGAGUAACUGGCAACAGUGUUGCCAGUAUUCUACUGUAAAAAUGCCCGGUAAGGUCUAACAGUGUAAUGUCUGCAAGUGAAAUCUUACUUGUAAACCAAAUAUUUUGCCGAAUUUGUUCAUGGGCACGAGAGAUAAAGUGAAGUGCUUCAUCUGCCUCUAGUUGUGAACCAAUGCAGAGCCGACAUUUUAUGAGCUGGAGCUGCAUGUUUGGCCAACCAUAUAUAGAUGUUAGAAUAAAAGGAGCAAACGUUUUGAGCUUCAGCAGACAUCAGCCCAAUAUAUGUGAGCUGUCUGGGUAUUAAAUCAUAAAGUAAUUCUUAUGGUAUGUUUGUGUGACAAAGUUUUUUGGUACAUAAACUAUUGCUAUAUUAAACUAAUGCUAAUGCUAAAACUAAUUCUUAAAAAUAAAUGUAAUAUAUAGUGUUUAGUGUGUGACUGUACGUUAGAGUUUAUGAAUUAAUAUAUAUGUGUGAAUUUUCUAACAGAGGAUCUUGAGCUUCAAUGAAAUCACUCGAGGCUUCUCAAACCUCACUCGACGCAACUCUCUACGCCGAACUAUCGGGAGACACAACACUCUGUCAGAUGAUCACCCACACACCCUCAAUAAGACACUGACUGUCUCAGAUGGAGAGCUGAACGUGAUGUCAGAUGAGCAUGCAGCAACACAUCACUCCAGCAGUAACUCCAGUCUGCCCACUGUGCCUAGUGAAGGGAGCCGAGGAGUGGGUCAGGUGGCGAGCUGGGCUGUCAGCUUUGAGAGGCUCCUUGAGGACCCUGUGGGUGUAUGCUACUUCACAGCAUUUCUGAAAUCUGAGGUCAGUGCUGAGAACAUCUUAUUUUGGUCGGCGUGUGAAAAAUUUCGCAAAAUACCUGGCCAUCAAACAGAGCAGCUCAAGAGAGAAGCACUCUCAAUUUAUAACACCUUCCUGUCCAGCAAUGCAACUUCUCCUAUUAACAUAGAUGACAGGGUACGGGUCGAGGAGAAAGAUGUACAAAACCCUCAUGCUGACAUCUUUCAGAAAGCACAACAACAGAUCUUCAAACUGAUGAAGUUUGACAGCUAUACUCGUUUUGUGCGCUCUCAGCUCUAUCAAAGCUGUAUGCUAGCUAAUGUGGAGGGCAGACCACUGCCAUUGCUGGACUCUCGUGGCAAACCCCUUGCAUUAUCCAAACAAACCAACAGCAAUUCACCCAGAGAGCAAGCCAAAUUCGACAGAACUAAGGAGAGGUUAAAAGCCAAGCCAAGUGCUGCUGAUGCUGAAGAUGUGGUGGAGAGGAGGAAGGUCAAUCUGCAAGGGAUGAUGGGAAAGGACAAGCGCAAAGAGAAGAGAGGGUCCUGGGGAGAAUCACCGAUCAGCUUCAAGACUGGACUUGUCAAGAGUUCAGAGGUUGAGAAAUUAGUCUCACGCUCUGCUGAUGGAAAGGUUGAUAAGUAUUGUUGUGUCUUCCUGCCUGAUGGUACGGCAUCUCUGACCCCAGCCCGACCUGGUCUCACUGUCCGGAACAUGCUGACCGGCCUAUGUGAAAAAAGAAGACUUCCUCUGUCAGACAUCAUUAUCUAUCUACAGGGCAAAGAUAAACAACCAUUAUCAUUGGACCAGGACAGCUCUGUGCUACAGGAUCAGCAGGUGACUCUCGAACUGAGGGUCACAUUUGCCGUAAAGGUAGCGUUCACAGGCAAGACAGUGGCUGUUGUUGUGAAGUCUAAUAAGACCCUGCAGGAAGCCCUUGCUGCAAUGCUAAACAAAUACCGGCUCAGGUCACACGAAGCCACUGUCACCAUGAGAGAUAGCGGACAGAAAAUAAGCCUGAACACACCAGUCACCUUUCUGGCUAAUAAGGCACUAAUUCUAGAUAAAGGUGUUGAUGAGGCCAGCAGCUCAAAGGGGAACUUCUCACCUCCCUCAUUUCAAGACCGGAGAGGUGCUGUGGAUGCGAACAUGUUCUCUCCAGGGAUGUCCAGACCAAAUGUCCGACAGAGGAACCCUGGAUUGAGAAGAACCUAUGACAUGGAAGGUUUGGUGGAGUUGUUAAACCGAGCUCAGUGCUGCAGCGCAGAUGAUCAGCGAGGUCUCCUGAAAAAAGAGCACCUAAUGCUGCCUCAGUUCCUCCAGUUACCCCUGGACGAAGUGGAGGAAGCAGAGACAUGCAGAUCGCUGGAGGACUCAUGCUCCAGUAUGGGGUCUUUCGAAGGGGAUUGUACUCCUAGAGUACAAUCAGACACUUUAGAAGAAGGACCAUCAGAAAGAGAUUGCUCAAACUUGGCACGAGAAACUGUGGUGUGAGCUAAAUGGACCUGUUACAUCCUUUGCUUCAAUGAUCAGUCACACAAGAACAUGAGGAAUAGAGAAUACCAUAUCAGUAAUGUCGAUGUGAGUGUUUUAAACGAUGGACACUUGUUAUUGCCAUUUUUUGAUAGAGGCAAAUGCUAUGAAUAUUGUUUACAGUUGAUGUGAUUCUGCACGUUAAUGUUCAGCUGCUUGUAUUUAUUUCAGAUUGACAACAAAAAGUAACAAAAAUACAUUUUAUCUUUUCUUGUAAAAAUACAUUGCAUACUUUUUCUUAAAGGUGCCACUGAGGUUCUUCAAGAUGCUAUAGAAUGCAAUUUGGUAUAAUAUGUCAAAUUGUUCUCUGAUAUCUAAAUGAGAGGAAUGUGAAUUAACUAAGUACAAAAACUCUCCAGAAGUGGCUUUACAUGCCCAUUUACAACCCUAGGAUUUGCCCCCAGAAUGAAAUGGUCUGUUUUUACCUUAUGUUGUAGGGUUAUGAAUAAUACUAUUGAGCUGUUCUCUGAAUGGCUGUUUCUGAGCACGGCUAGAUCACACAGCACAUAUAUCUUCUGUCAGUCUGUCCAGUUCAGGAGCUGUGAUGUACUCUGAAAUACAAGCUUGCAAAAAAAAAUAAUAGUUUGAGUCAAGAAUUAAGUAGAUGCCUCAUCAAAUGAUAUCACGGCAUGACAUGAUUACAAACCAAUCCAGCCCUCAAUUCAAGCAAUGGUUACACAACCAUUUAGAGCUGGGCUAUAGUUUUUUGAAGCUAUUAAAUGAAGUUAAUAUCUAAUAAAAUGGAAAUAGAAAAUUAAGUGUUCAUGCAGCAGCUCCUGUGUUGAUAUUAAUGAAAUAUAGGCUAAAUUAUAAUUCUACCCAAACAAAAAGACUGACAUAGAGGUAUCUAUAUUGUUGUUGUUUUUUUACAUUUAACAUGUAUUCAUCAUGGUAUCUAUCUUUGCUAGUUAGAUACAAUUAACAUUACUGCAAAAUAGCAAGAUAGUUAUUGUUAUCUCACUAAGAAAUGUUCAGUUAAAACAGAAAUUAUUCCAAUAGUUCAGUAGUGGAUAAAAUAGAUGCUUACUGUUUGCUAUUUCUAUUUUUAAUGCAAUAUUGUAGGAAAUGCCCUACACUAUUUGGGGAAUUACCAAAGACACUCCUAAAAGGAUUUUGGCCUAGGCUACAUACUAAUGAUGCAGUGUCAAUGUCAACGAUGGUGUUAUGUGCUGAUACGCCUGAGUGGCUUUUUGCUUAAACACAAUUUACAUAAAAAGGAGGAAACAAUGGUG